UAGGGAGCAAGGAGUCAUUUGGUAUUCAACCGUCAUUGGGAACACUAAAUCUAAGAUGGCGACCUCCAGAGCAGUGCUGUCGCUCUCCAAAACCCUAAACCUAAUAGGACUGAGAAACACGGUUAAGGUAUUUGGAGCAGCACUCUCCAACCAGAGGGAGAAGUCUACCUACACUGGAAAAAGCAUACCUCCCCCUGCUAGAUAUGGUGGUAGACACACGGUCACACUGAUCCCCGGAGAUGGGAUUGGCCCCGAGCUGCUUAACCACGUGCGAGAACUCUUCAGGUUCAGCUGUGUUCCUGUGGACUUCGAGGUGGUCAAUGUCAACUCCUCCCUAACCAACGAGGACGACAUCAACAACGCCAUCACAGCUAUACGCCGAAACGGGGUCGCCCUUAAGGGUAACAUUGAGACAAACCACACGCUGCCCCCUUCACACAAGUCGAGGAACAAUCUUCUUCGCACUGGUCUGGACCUGUAUGCUAAUGUAAUGCACUGCCAGUCCUUGCCCGGGGUUCAGACCCGUCAUAAGGACAUUGACAUCAUCAUCAUUAGAGAGAACACAGAGGGCGAGUACAGCAGCCUGGAGCAUGAGAGUGUACCAGGUGUGGUGGAAUGCCUAAAGAUCAUCACCCGGAACAACUCACUGCGUAUCGCCGAGUACGCCUUCAAGCUGGCCAGAGAGAAAGGGCGACGAAGGGUCACAGCUGUGCACAAGGCCAACAUCAUGAAACUUGGUGAUGGACUCUUUCUCCAGUGCUGUAAGGAGGUAGCCUCUGGAUACCCUGACAUUGCUUUCGAUAGCAUGAUUGUAGACAACACCACAAUGCAGCUUGUGUCCAAGCCCUACCAGUUUGAUGUCAUGUUGAUGCCUAAUCUCUAUGGAAACGUGGUCAGCAACGUGUGCGCCGGGCUAGUGGGCGGACCCGGGCUCGUACCUGGAGCCAACUACGGGAAUAAUUAUGCCGUUUUUGAAACGGCAACUCGGAACACUGGGAAGAGCAUCGCUGGCCGGAACAUUGCCAACCCGACUGCAAUGCUAUUGGCCAGCUGUCUCAUGCUGGAUCACGUCAAGCUUCACAAGUAUGCCAGCAUGAUCCGGAAUGCCAUUUUCACCACUAUGAACGAGACCCAGUUGCAUACAGCAGACAUCGGGGGGCAGGGCACUACCUCGGAGGUGGUGCAGUCCAUCAUGAGGAACAUCAAGAGCUGCGGCCCCCUCACUGCAGAGUUCUAAUGUCGUAACUGGACAGCACAACAGCCAUAAAAGAAUCCCGAACAUCAGCACUCCAACAUAUAGACAGAGGAUCAAGAUUUAUUUAGGCUGUGAGCAGGUUGUAUUGAAAGACCUGGAACUUUGUUUGUAUUCAGUCCUAUUUGGUGCCUCCAUCUAGGGUCAUUCGCGAGUCAUUCAACAUAACAGUUAUAUUAUGUGUUAAUAUGAUAUUUAUGUAGAGCCAUUGUGCAAGUGUGGUUUAUGAUGUUAAAAAUGUUUCAUAGUUAAACAAUUUUGAGGCGCAAGAAUACGUUUCAUGCAUGCAAGUCAUUUUGGAGCGCUUUCUAUAAACAUUCCUGAUUCUGUUGUUCUGUCCCAACUAUAGACACAAGCAAAAAUUAUUGCUUUUUUGUUUUGUUUAUUGCACUUAUUAAUAUUCGGUAUUUAAAAAAACAAAAAAAAAGCAAUGUGUAUGCCAAUAAAAUGUAGAAUAUUACGUUUCCAUAAUGUAAAACUGCGAGUCAAAUUCCCAAUUCCAAGUGACCUUAUUUGCUUUAUUAGUACAGUAACAUUCAUAAAUCUUAUGCUUACUAUUUUAAUGCCUUUCUGUCAGAAUAUUUAUCUGUGAACUGGAGUGUUGUUUGAUUCAUUGUAUCUUAUUGUAUUUCCACUGUUGCACAAAUCCAUUAAAAAAAAAAAAGAGACCAGGUUUGACAUUUUGCAUCAAUAAAGUGGUUUAUAAACUUC